AUCAAUCGAACACUUGGCUGUUGUCGCUACUAAAUGGGCCAACUCAAGAACUACAGCCUUUUUGAACGAGUUGCUGCCUGGCAUGCUACUGCCGGAGUCUGCUGUUUCCUUUUUCAAGAAUGAACUUCUUGAUCAUUACGUUUGUAGGUUGUUGCCACUCGAGAACAAUGUUCGUUGUUCUGCGGCCUCGUCAAGGACAUCUCAUGGAAAAACCUGCAUUCUUCUUGCAUUAGAGCCUCAUACAAGGCUCUGUAGGUCCUUCUUCGUUUGCCCUCCAUGGACCUUAAAAGCAAGGGGUUUGUGUUCUCUUCACCAAUAUCAUCUUUCCACCCUCGCUAUGAUCAAAAACCCUUCCUUAGGUGCAAAUCUCAAAGUAUAUCGUGCCAUCGGCCUGCCCGAUCCAGCCAAAGUACUGGCGAAAUCGAGGGCCCUUCUUCUGUCUGCGAAACGACGAGCUCGGAUACCGUUCCCUGCUCGUUUCUUCAGGGGACCUGCCCUCCGUGAUCACCGAUCGAAGGGUUCCGUUUCCACAGGUCGCACGAAGAGGCACUUGCGACCGAAGUUGCAGCGCCCGUUGAAAAGCUUUGACGCGACACUGUUCAAGACAAUGGCACCUGACUUUGCCGUGACGUCUAUUAAGGAUGCACGCCUUGAGAUUGCUGGACGUCUCUCCCAGCAACCACUGUGGAAUGUAGAACACAGAUUCUACGCUGAACCACCACUUGCAGUGAUCCCUCGCGAGAUGGAACUAGUUCUCGACGUUCCGCAUCUCUGGGCAAAACCUACUCACUACCUUGCCGUCUAUCACUCUAGGUCGUCUGUUCCAGAAUCCAUUCAGCAUCGUCUACAAUUGAACCUUGGUUAUAGACGCGAAGUUGACAUCAUUCCGAUUCAUGCGUAUUAUCUCGCGGCAUACUGCGCUAAUCUGCCGCCGAUUCCUCCAACUUAUUCUCGGUCACAGAUAGAUUUCCUUCGCGGACCUGGUCGAGGCAAAGGAGGACUCGCGGGCUUUCGACUGCCUGUCAUCCCUUUGCCGGUUCCCGUGCCAUACACGCUGCCGAUCAUCUUGCAAUAUUUCUACACUCGCAACCUCAAGCAGUUCAGCUGCAAUAUCCUACCUUCAAGCUUACAUUUACCUGUGAAUGGGACCGACGGACCUAGGGACGAAAGCCUCAGGCAACACGCUACGUAUACGUUGAAGAUCCCGCUGAAGGAACUCGAAUGGUCCGCUUUCAAAACAUGGGGCGUUUACCAGAACAUGUUCACCCUUGGCGUUGAAGAUGAUGCAAUGUGGAGUAUGAUGGACUUCAUCUGGGAUGUGUAUUUUCUGACGUGGAAGAUGUUCAAAGAGAGAGAAGCGCGACGGGCAUAGAAUAGACCGCGUGAUGGAUAUGUCAUUGGAAAGGUCUAAAUUUGAUCUUUAAUGUCAUUAGUGGUCGUGAAAAAUCGUUAAGGACAUGUGUGGUAUCCCAGGCCAAACAUGAACUACAAAGGAUACAGUAGGGGUGAUCGCGAAUGCGAGAAGAGCACGCGAUAAAAUGGGCAUGAAAGCAACGGUAAAGCAUAAGAUAGUGCGAAGAACAAGAAGAAAGCUUACAACAGUGAAAACGAAUGCAUGAAGGAGUCCUAAAUUUCAAGCAAAAGGGAUAUAGAUAAUAGCAUGAUGCAGCAAAGGAGAAGCACCCGACGGCUACUUCUCCUGAUCGAAGAAGGCUACAAGCUGCCCUACAGGCACCUUCGGUUUCCCGGGUAGGACUUUAGGUGGCGCAGGUGCUGUGCUGGCAAGAGCCUCCUUCGUCUGCUUGCGAAUGACAAGAGGAUCGACGAACCUUCCGGAUGAAGACGAAGAAACGGUAUCAAAUAUGCCCAAGCCGAAUCUAUCCGUGGAACGAGAGCGAAGUCGGGAAUGCUUGGGUGUAGUGGGUGAAGGUGCGGCGAGAUUCUGGGCGGAGGCAGAGCCGUUGUACAUAGAUUGUGGUCGAACACGUUUAUGAAUAGGCUUCGGUGAUAGCGAUGGAGAAACGCUAUUAAGACGUUCUUGAGAUUGCAUCUUGUUGGGUAUAUUCAGGCCGGCUUGACGUGCCGCAGCUUUCCCAAUCGUCUCAUCGUUCGUCAUAGCAUAGUAACUAUCAUCAUCAUCCAUUUCAUGAGUUGAGAUUGACAAUGACUUCGGCGAUGAAGA